GCGGCGGCCAUCUUAGAAUCGGCGGAGAAUCCGCAGCGACGGCGGCGACUGAGAGGCGGAGACGGACUUUCCUGAUUCACCGGAGAUCUAUUUCUCUUAGGUGGUGGUGAGACAUCAGGUCAUCAGAAUAAUUCUCUACAAAGAUAUAUUUUUAGCUGUAUUGCAGUUUGAUUCGCGUCUGGGAUACUGUCCUGACAGAAACGAGAAAGGACACGGAGUUGAUACCCACAGUUUUCUGAUGCCCUAGUCUCUAUGGCUGCCAGCGCUCGACUUCGAGUCAGACGCUGUCCCCACCAAUAUCUGAACUAAAGCAUUAACUUCAGACACAGGUGCUGAGACCAAUUGUAGUAUCCCCUUCCAUCAUCCUUGGAGACAGUGUGUAACCAGCUGAACUCCUAGGGAAACUUGAAGUAAACCAGUGUUUUGUGAACGAUAAAGGGAAUUACUAUCAGACCAAUUCAUCUGUUGUAUUAGCUACUCAGAACAACGUAUCUUGGGGAGUCUCCAACACCGGUUGUAGGUUGGGAACCUGACCUGUGGUCAAGAGCUGUUUGUCGGAAGACAAGGAAAUGGCAGCAGAGACUCAGACGCUCAACUUUGGACCUGAAUGGCUUCGUGCAUUGUCCAGUGGUGGAAGCAUUGCAUCCCCACCUCCUUCACCUGCAUUGCCAAAAUACAAAUUAGCAGAUUAUCGAUAUGGGAGAGAGGAAAUGCUAGCACUUUAUAUGAAAGAUAACAAGGUUCCUGAAGAGCUGUCGGACAAAGAAUUUCUGGCUGUCUUACAAGAUGAGCCGCUUCUGCCCUUAGCACUUGUACCUCUUACAGAGGAAGAGCAGAGAAAUUUUUCUAUGUCCGUGAACAGCUCUGCAGUGAUGAGGUUGAUGGGGCGGGGAGGAGGAGCCCCAUCGGCAGGGGUUGUCAGAGGCCGAGGCAGUGCAAGAGGCCGAGGUCGAGGAAGGGGUGAAAGUGGUUACUACCAAAGAAGUUUCGAAGACGGUGAAGGGGGUUUUGGCCGUGGGGCACGUGAAAUGCUGCGAAGUCAAAGUUGGGAAGAAAGGGGUGACAGAAGGUUUGAGAAGCCUGGGCGUCGAGAUGGAGUACGGGUAGGGUUUGAGGAAGUAGCUCCCACGUCGCGCAAACAGGAUUUUGCACGUUCUGACAGCGAGAACUGGCGAGCCAUUAGAGAAGAACAAAACGGUGAGGAGGACGACGGAGGCUGGAGGACAGCUGGAGCAAGAAGAGAAGGCGAGAGGUGGCGGCCCCCAAGUCCAGAUGGUCCUCGCUCAGCAGGCUGGAGGGACCAUGCUGAUCGGCGGCGAAGGUUUGACUUUGACUUCCGGGAGCGAGAUGAGGAGCGUACCUACAGAAGGGGAAGAACUGGUAGUGGAAGCUAUGAGGAUGAGAAGGAUAAUUUACCUGAGUGGUGCCUAGAAGAUGCAGAAGAGGAAAUGGGGACAUUUGAUUCAUCUGGGGCUUUCAUGUCAUUGAAGAAAGGUUCCAAAGAACCAAUUCCUGAAGAGCAGGAGCUUGAAUUUCGAGGAGUAGAUGAAUUGGAUGAACGACCAGAAAAUGAAUAUGAUAUGGAAUUCUAUAAAGAACCUGAUAGAACAGAAAACGAGGAUGCAGCAGACAAGACAGACCUACCAGCUGAGAUUUACAAUGGCAAAGUCUCGCCAUCGUGCUCAUCAUCCUCUCCCUCAGAGUCACAGGCCCAGGAAGUGUUUCUCGCAGUACCAGAAGAGUGUGAACCCACUGUGCACAGGGCAGAACCUGAUAUGUCAGACUCUGCAUCAGAUGCUCAGGGACAGAGCAAACCUGCCGAUGAAGCUGUGAAUCUGGGCCAACCUGCUCAGCUAAGCCCUGCAACAGUGUCCACAUUAUCUUCGUCCUCGCCUUCUUCCUCUCCUCCCUAUCCCAGCACCGUUGCCGAAUUCGCACCAGUGGACAACGAUGAUGACGAUGGGAUGAAACGUUUUGAACAGGAGGCUGAGAAAAUGGUGGCAUCACUACAUGACAAUUCACUGGAUGAUGAGCGAUUUGUGGAGAUGAUGCAAGAUCAGAGGAACCGAGCUGCUGCUGCCUUACCCCUCUCUCAUGAGGCAGCCAUGAAAUGGUUCUACAAGGAUCCACAGGGAGAGAUCCAAGGUCCGUUUACGACGCAGGAAAUGGCUGACUGGUUCCAAGCUGGAUAUUUUCCCAUGUCCCUUUUGGUUAAACGGGGUUGUGAUGAGGGCUUCCAGCCGCUGGGGGAUGUGAUUAAGAUGUGGGGAAGAGUGCCUUUUGCUCCUGGUCCCUCUCCUCCUCCGUUGCUGGGCGAUAUGGACCAGGGGAGACUGAAAAAGCAGCGGGAGUUGGCAGCUGCCUUGUAUCAUCAGCUUCAAUACCAGCAAUUUCUGCAACUCAUAAACAGCCGGCAGCAGCUUGUACAGUGUGCGCUACAGCAGAAGGCAAACAUGACGCCCCAGCAACAACAGCAACUUUUGGUGUUCCUGCAGCAGAUCCAGGCCCUCAAAUCAAGGUGUGCCGAGCAAAAUUUGAUUCCUGCUAUCAACAGAUCCAUGUCUGUGCCCGAAACUGGGUCUCUGUGGGACCUUCCGAGCUCUGCUUCACAGCCCUCAGGUUGUGAUACAGGAAGCUUGUGGGAUUCAGCAUCUCAGGGUCCACUGCUGGAACAAAUUCAAAAACUAGAGCGAGAGAAAGCUACAAAACUAAAGCAGGAGCGAAGAGACGUUGAACUCAGGAAUAAAAGGGAAGAGGAUGACAGAAAACGACAGGAUGAAAUUCGGUGGCAAGAGGAAGAACGCAAACGUCGGGAUGAGGAUGAGUUAACUAGGAGGAAGCAGGAAGAGGUGGUUCGAUUUCAGAGAGAGCAGCAGGAGGAGGCUGCCCGGCGCCAAAGAGAGGAGGAGGAUCGCCGACAAGAGGAGGCCCUGAGGCGACGUGAUGAGGAGGAAAGGCGGCAGAUGGAGGACAUCCUCCGGAAGCAGGAGAAAGACAGGCGGCAACAGGAUGAAACCCGCCGGUGGCUGGAGGAAGAGGAGAGCAGGCGCCAGUUGGAGGAGGAAGCCAGGCGCAGGCUUGCCGAGGAGGAGGAACGGAAACGCAAGGAGAUGGAUCUGCAGCUUCAGCGGCAGCAAGAGAUGCUGCGACACAGGCAGCAGCAAGAGGCACUGAGGCGCUUACAGCAGCAGCAGCAGUUAGCACAUAUAAAGAUCCCCUCUUCCACUUCAUGGGGACAGCAGUCCAACUCGGUACCACCACUUCAGAAGCUGGAGGAGGAAAGGGAGCGACACCGUAGGGAGGAGCAAUGUCGUCAGCAACAGGAGAUAAUGAAGGCCCUUCAACAGCACCAGCAGCAGAAGUCACCUGGCUGGAACAAUCUUCCCAAGCAGUCGAUGUCUGUCAAGUCAUUACUGGAGAUGCAGCAAGAGCUGCAGAAACAGCAACAGCAGAGAGCGCAGGCACGAGCACAUUCCAGUAUGCCUAUGAACAACUCGUCGGUGUGGGGAUUGCCUGGCCAGUGGGGGUCUGAUAUGAGCAGCAUGUGGAGCAUGCAUGAAAAUAAGAACUCUAACAUGAGCCUUUGGGGUGAUGAAGCUGUGAAGAGCACAGGCCCUGUGAUUAGAAGUGCUGGACUGAAGAACAGCAGGAGUAGCCCCUCGCUCAGUGACUCGUAUGGAAUUCCUACCAGACCGAGCAAAAAGAAAACUGAGGACGAGGAGAAGUUACUGAAGCUGUUCCAGGGAAUGAACAAAACUCAGGACGGUUUCACUCAGUGGUGUGAGCAAAUGCUGCAUGUCCUUAACACAGCCAAUAAUCUUGAUGUCCCCACGUUUGUAUCCUUCCUUAAAGAAGUGGACUCGCCGUAUGAGGUGCAUGAUUACAUCCGUGCUUACCUGGGUGACACCCCGGAGGCCAAAGAGUUUGCCAAGCAGUUCCUGGAGCGUCGUGCCAAACAAAAGGCUAACCAGCAAAGGCAACAACAGCAACAGUUAACAAAGGAACUUUUAAGCCUCACUGGGAACCUCGCUCUGCAGCCUGACAGGUUACAGGACUCCAUCUGGGGAAUCGGUUCAAACAGCCUACAGUCACUCUUCCAGGGUAAUCACAACAGUGCACAGCAGUCGUCUUACGAGAGCUCUCAAGCUGGGAAAAAGAAAAAGAAGCAAAAGAUGGUGCGGGCUGAUCCUAGUAUCCUGGGCUUUUCUGUGAACGCAUCAUCGGAGCGACUGAACAUGGGCGAAAUAGAGACAUUGGAUGACUUUUAAACAAGGUUUAAAAACAAAAAAUAUUCCUAAAAGCUGCCUUUGACUCCUACUCGACCGUACCUGGAACAUGCUUCAUGGCAGGUGGUCACAGUGAUGGAUCCAGGAUCUCCGCUCCCUCUGCUGGCAAGAAGUGUGAAAUUCACUUAAUUUUUUUGGUGAAUCCUCUGGGUACUUCUGUUCUUCAUUGGAUGAAGCACCUUAAUAACCAUGCACUUUAUUAGACGUUGUACAUAGACUGAAACUGGAGGUUUUCUUGAAUUUAAAAAGUUCCUUUUUUUGGAAAUAUAUCUGCAAAACACUGUUACUGUUUUUUUUUAAAAAUGUUUUUUUUUGAAAGGAUGUGGAGCCUGAAGAAAUGCACUUAGAGACUGAAUCCAGAACUGGAACUUUUGGCGUGCUAUAAUUUGGACAAUGUGAUUGCGAGUUUGGGUCCCUACCUAAAAUAAAAGGAGGGGCAGAGAGAGGGAGAUAGGGAAACCCAAGCGUCAGGAGGCCACUUUCUGAGUUUUACUUUGGUUGCACACACAGCACCAAGCUACAUUGGACUUAACUAGACAGCACUGCGCGAGUGUGGACUUUCAGCGUUUUCGUGGUGCUCUAUACAAGGAAUGUAAAAAAAAUAAUAAAUAAGUACUUGGACAGGGUGGUUCAAGUGGACUGCUGCGUUGACAGCUUUUUUGGUUGGUUUUGUUUCUUAAAACAAGCAGCUAUUGCAGCCCCCCACCCAAACAUGGCAUGCCUCGACUCACUGCCCCAGCCAUGCUUCUGUUAAUUUAGGAAUCCUACCCCCUACAGCAAGAUGAAAGCAGCCAUUGAUGACCAAUCCUGCCAAGGCAGACCCAGAAGCGGGUGCUAGAAUGAAUGGACAAGAGGAAAGGGUUGGAAUGGCAACAGCAUACACUCUGCUCAGCGUUCUUUCGGAGGUGACAAGACAGCAGCAAACCUAGAAUCCGCCUUGCCGCUACCAUCCCCCACUCCAAAGAAGAACUGACCUGACAGUACUGCAACAGCAGUAUGCUCGUCGCCAGUGUUGAUAUGGGACCAUUUCAGACUUAUCUGUGCAUGUAUUCCUUUAAAAAGGAGAGGUCAUUUUACUUGACCUACUGGUAGGUUUUUUCCCUUCCAAACUUCUGUUCCCCAUAGAUGUUGAUCCAGAAUUGGUUAUAAUAGGGUGCAUCUCUGUAGAGAGUUUGCUGCUUUAGUUUUUAUCUCCAACAGAGUGGCUCCAAUUUAAAAUUAUGCUUUUUCUUUCCCCCACAAGUUCCUUUCUCGCAAUGAACCACACCUUGUCUUACAACUUUUGAGAAAUAUGGUCAUUCAAAAAUAGCAUCUAGCAAGGCAAGGCGGACCUGUGCGGUAUUUUUUUUUCAUAACAUGAUGCUCCAUUGGAAGAUUGGGACCCCACCUGUGUUUUAUCAAUGAGUGGUUGGACGAGGUAAAGGCUAUCACUGCUUCUCUUUGCCUAAGAAGUGUGUUAAAAAUGCUAGUAAAUACCUUUUCCCUCCCACCUGCUGUUUCCUCUGCUUAGCUAGGAAAGUGCACCAUUUAACUCAGUGAGCCACCCGUAAUGGACUAUCCCAGGUCACAGUCUGUGCCCCUUGACUUGGAUAAACUGGACCUGAAGCAUUGUAAGGAGGUGGUUUCACCUAGGUAGGGCUAUCUGCUACUUAUGGCUGCCUGGCAACUGCUGGUUUGAACAUGCAUGUGGUAAUCAGAUAAAACUAAACCAGUUGCCUCUGGUCUUGUAGCCUGUCUCUGUGCAAAGGCCAGGUUAAAUAAGCCUUUGACCUUUGUACCUGUAGGGCAGUUGAUUUUUUAAACUGGAUCCCCACAAGAGAGACACGUUGCAGGACAUGAGGAAAAUGGAAAGGGGUAUUGCCAGUAGUUGCGCACAACUCUUCUGCGGUUACAAUAUCAUUGAGUGUAACUGUAAAGACCAGUUCAGUAUUACCUAUGAUAAACCUCAAGUGUACUUUUCCUCCCAAUUCAGUGAGUGCAUCUCUGUAUACUACUGCCUUGAAAUUCGUGAAUGCAACUUCUCUUUCCCCGUCCCAAAUCCGUCUCCUUCAGGAAGGAUUUACAUAAGCCUCCCACUGUUUAAAAUAGGAAUGGGCCAGCCUACUGUACAUGAAGGAGGUGGAGAGAGGUUUCGUGUCCACUCAGGAUACUGUGCACGAGAACCUUGGGGACCAAGAACUGUCAGUCACAUCAUUUACUAGAGUGCCGCUGUUGGUUGUACAGGCGCCAUCUCUCCAUUGCCUUAACAAGAAUGCCGACCGCUCAUUGUGCUGCUUCCCAUGCCCUCAUCUCUCGAUUCACCUACAGUGCAGCUCUAUGCUGUUCCUGUUAGUGGAUGCCAACAGUAGCCGAGGUCAGAAGGCAGAGUGAUAGACUUGUUGCAGCUGUAACUUCCCUUCUGUGGGUGGGAAUUUCUGAAAUGCAUUUAGCCUGAUUUGGGGGUUACUGCUUAUGUUAUGUGAUUAUUUUGUUUUAGAUUGUGUUGGAAGCCUUUUUAAUAAAAAGAAAAAAAACUACCUUUAUGCAAGCAACUGAACUUUGUAAGUUAACCCUUAGACAAAAUACAGAUUUUUUUAAAAAGUGAUAAAUGUUGCUGAAACAUAAGGAAGGUACUGCAGCUUUAAUUGAUUGGAAGUGGUGCGAUAAAGUAGACUUGCCCUUGAAUGUUUUGAACAGUGCGAUUUUAUUUUUAGCCAUCUCUUAUUGCCAAGUUGGCACUGCCUUGAGCAUAAUCCAUUCACAGGGUGCAAGCACAAGGCAAGGUUUUAACACUGGUCCUUUGCUUGUGCAGUUUGUGUUUGAGCUGAACCUAUACUGGGGUAAGGGAAGUGUCGCACUUGCCUGCACCUCCCCCUCACUCCCCACUUAUACGCAAUGCCCACGAAUCCAGUAUUGCCACAGCAAGAUUGUUAAAGGUGGCACUAUCAGAGUGUGUCCUCAACUAUUCCUCUGUUUCUUGACCCCACCCCCACCCAACCACUCCACCAAUCUCUCUGCUUUAAGUAAGUAUGAGUCCUUGGAUUCACUUGAGUCUUUUCCCAAGGUGAGGGAUGGAGUUCUGCAAAUUUGGGAAUAACGCACAAUAUUUCUCUCUUAGGAGAGAUCUUCAAAUGAGAGUCACUGCAUGACUUCCAAUCCACUGAUGGUGUUAUAUAUUUUUGCCCUCUCCUUGACAACAUUUUUUUAAAAAUAGUAUAAAUCACCUGGGUUGGUAAAAUUGGUGACCCUAGUCUAAUGAAUUGGAGGAUUCAGUGUUGUCAUUAGGCUGGUUGAUUGUCACUUGUACAUUGAAACGUUGAUGUACAAUGCUCUUAAUUUAUACCAUUCCACCAACCAUGACCAAUCCACAUCUACCAGUACUUUAGCCAAUCGCUGUCCAACUCUAGGUCUUUUCUUCAGAAACAGCCCAGAUGCGGAUGCAAAGGAAUGUAUAAUUGCUUUGUUCACUGUUCUUAAGUCAAAUGAGCUAUUUGUACUGAAGUUACCCUGAUGAGGUAACAAUGUGGCUUUAUGGAAACUUCACGGGCCCCCAGCAUUGCUGCAGGCUUGGUGACAGCACUGACAUCACCACGAAUGGAAAGCCCUUGAGAUUUCUGGAAAGAUGAGCACAGGACAAAACCCAUCAACUGCUGCACGGGUCACAAUCUGGGGUGCUGCACUGACUACUGGCCCCACCAAAAACCCUGGCCAUGGAGGUCGUGCAUUGAUCUGGGCUCAGCUAUGCUGCUUUUAAAAAAAAAAUGCUGAUUCAUUUUGUACUCCGUUGUGUUCAACUAUUUUUGAAUAGGACAAUGAUCGUGGGACUGAUGAACCGUAAGCUCAUCCAAGGCUGUUACUCGAUCAGAUAUGAAGCACCACUUGUUACAUAAGCUAACUUAAUUCUGCACUCUUCAAGGGUGUGGAAGUGUGUAUUUUAAACUAUCUAGUUUUUGCGCCAUGCCACAUUAUACUUUCUGGAGUACAUCCAGGAAUCUGGCAGAUGAAGGACUUAUUUUUGUGUGUUUGUUUUGGGGAGGGGGUGGGAUGUGAAUACAAGUUUGACUUCUUUGCACAGGCCUGUGGUUUUGAUU